UUCCUAAAAUACAUGGAACUAAAAUAAAAAUAACAAUAAGGGUAAUAUCGCUAUUAGUGAGUUAACUUUGAGAAAUUUCUUAUAUAUUUUUUUCAUUAUUACUUUUAUCUUUAUAUACUUAUUAUGAUUAAUAUUACUUUUAAUCUUCUAAUUUUAUAUUUUCUAAAAUAGUUGCAGAUCUAAAACAUCUACAAAUAACAAUUUUAUCAUUGAGAACAUCAGUUUGAAUAUUUAUAUCUUUACAUUUAUUGAUAAUACCAUCUUCGGAAACUUAAUAACAACCCGGAUUUUUCAAACUACUGAAACUUUGGACUUUAAAACUAAUUUAUAAUUCGAAUUUUGAUUAAAAUUCUUCUAAUAUUCUAUUUGUCAUUGUAAUAAAAUUUUCCUCUUCUUUUAAAUUUCUAGUUAAAUAAUUAUCUUUUCUUAAAAUUUAAAAUUUAACAAAAGGAAAUUUUUAUGAUUAACUUAAAAAAGGUAUAUUUUCUUAAAAUGGAUUUUCUUUAUAAAUAAAAGCUUAGAAAACAACAUUUAUAUUCAUAUUUAGAUUACUUUAUUAAUUUUCUUUAAAAAAAAGUAUUUUAUCAUUAUUUUUAUUUUCGAAUUCUUCUUCAAUAUCCAUUUAAAUGUAAUAAUUUUCAAAAUUCGAUAUUUUUCCUAAAUUUUCCUUAAUUUUUAUUUCUUUACUUUAAAAGCUUAUUUUUUCAGUAUUUUUUCUCUUCCUAAUAGAACUUAAUAAAGGCGAAAUUAUUGUUUUUUCGUUUUCUUUCAUUUCCACUUUUUUUUAUAAACUAUAUAAAAACGCAAUCAUUUUUUCUUCUAAAAUAUUAAUAUUUCCAUCAAUAUUUUUUACUAUAUCAUAUAUUUCAAGUAUUAUUUUUCCUCUAUUUUCUUCUAAUAUUGACUCACAAUCUCCUAAUAAAUCACAAGAAAUACAUUAAUUACUUUCCUGGCUUAAAAAAAAACCCUCUUAGCAUACUAAACAUACCUAAUUAUUACAAAAGGAGCAAUUUUAUGUCAAAAUAUUGCAUUAAAAACACUAAAAAGUGUCUAAAAAAUAUCCCUAUUAGCAUUUUCCGCAUUUCUAAUUAUCUAAACAUUCUUCACAAUAAUCUAAUUAAGGACAUUUUGUGCAAAAACCAUCCUAUAAAUAAAAUUUUUAGUCACAUUAUGCACAAACAGAUAUAUUUUAAAUGCAAUUAAUGCAAUUUUAGACUAUACAUGGUGUACAUUAUCUUAAUUUUCGGUUUAAAACAUAACCUAAUUGACAAAAAUCACACAUAUUUUAAUUAUUUAAACAUUUAGAGCAUUUUUCAACACUGCAUUUUCCACAAAGAGUCUUAUUUUCAUUUAAAAAAAAGCCUUCUUGACAUUAAAGGCAUUAUUUCUAUUAAUCUCUUAAAAUACACGGACUUUAUAGGAAGUCAAUCAGAUUUUCAUUUAUAACCGAUAAAUUAAUAAUAUCAUUUUUUUAUUAAUCUAAGCAUUUAAUUUCUUAAUAAAAAGUACAUUCUAAACAACCAGGGAUUAUAUCGUGACAAAAAAAACAUUUAUUUUAAAUUAAAAUAGCAUCUUAAGCAUUACAUUUAGAACAUUAAUGUAUAUUUAAAGGAAAAUAAGAUUAUAAUAAAUCACAUUAAGUACAUUAUAUGAUAUUCUAUUUGUUAUAUAAACAAGAUAUACAACCUUCUUUAUU